AGUGCGUCCACCUCAAUCUCAGGUGCAAGGAGCGUGGGGGUUACAACAGAAGAUACCGCCACAGCAGCAACAAAUGGGCCUGCCGCAACAUGUAGCAUGGCAACAGCAACAAACGGCAUGGAAUCUACCACAAUCGCAGAUAUCACAGGUUUCACCACAACAACAGCAGCAGCAGCAGCAGCAGCAGCAGCAGCAACAACAAAGAGCACAACAUCAGCAGCAGCAGAAAGCUUCAAUUGAUAUUGGUGCUUCUGGUGAUCAUCGACAAGUACCAGGUGGUAAUGGUAUGCAACAACAGCAACCAUCAAGUAGUAGAGCUCUUGAGCUUUCUCAGCUUGGUGCGACAGCUCCAUUCUAUUCAGAAGAAUCUGAAAUGCCAAAAAUGACAUCUGCUCAAUUGAAAUUAUAUCACGAAAUGAUUCCAAAAAGAGCAAACCCUCAACAGGGAGGAAGAAAUGGGAGGCCGACCCAAGUUUUAACGAAUAUGUUUAAAAUUAUAUUCAACGAUAAAUUCGUAACCAACGCAGUUCAUUAUGAUAUUGUUAUUAAGCCUCACAAAGAGUCCACAAGUAGGGAGCAAAAGAAAGAAAUCCCACUCCCCAAAGCUUUGUGCAGAGGUAUUUUCGAACAAUGUAGAGAACAAAAUUUCAAUCACAGAUAUCCAGCAUUUGAUGGGAAGAAAAAUGCAUAUAGCGCAAAUGAUCUUCCCUUUGGCGAAUCUUUUGGGACUAUUGUUGAACAUACAAAUAAAGAUGGCCGAAAAAACAAGUAUAUAAUUGAAAUGCGGAAAGUGGCUACAGUUGACCUAAGCUGGAUAAAGAAUUUCAGACCUGGUUUUGCAGCAAAUAGAGAUCAAGCCGCUACACAAGUCUUGGAUAUAAUUAUGCGUCAUGCACCUGAAUUACGAUUUAUUAACAUUGGAAGAUCAAUCUUCUGGGAUAAUCAGAAUAACUGGCCACCAUUAAGUGAUGGCGUAUGUCUAGCGCGUGGUGGAUUUAUGUCCGGUGUAAUUGGAUGGAAACCAUACUUAAAUGUAGAUGUUUCUCAUAAAGGAUUCGUCACAUCGCAGAAAGUACUUUCGUAUUUAGCUGAAGUUUUACGGAUCGACGAGCGAAGAAUUACUUAUGAAGACGUGAUGGAAGAAUGGACGCUUGCUACUAUAAAUAGUUUUUUGAAGGGUUUAAAAGUGUCUUACGAAAUACCCAAUUUCUCAAAGCGAACGCACCGCAUAAUUCAGUUAAGUCACAAGACUUGUAACUCAACUUUCAACCAGGGCGAUAGAGAGACUGGACAAGUCAAAACACUUACAAUACAAAGUUACUUUUUAAAAGAAAAGAGAUACAAGAUCCAAAGACCUGACUUGCCUGCUGUUCAUGUGAACACAAAGGCCGACGGAACCGAAAUUUUGCUGCCUAUCGAGUUAUGCACUAUUAUGCCUAAUCAAGCAGUUAGAAGGAUGAAUGAAUCUCAAACCAGUGCCAUGAUCAAGCAAACAGCAACAGAUGCAAUGACACGUAAAGACAGAAUACUACAUGCGUUCCAACAAAUAGGAGUCAACGACAAUCCCGUAAUGGCUCAAGAAUUUCAUCUAUCUGUCAGCCCUGAAAUGGAAAAGGUAGCGGCUAGAAUUUUAUCUCCUCCAGAUUUGAGAUAUAGAGAUCCUAACCGCCCGGUAGAAGUGAGGAAAGGAACGUGGAAUUUGCAACAACAUUUUAAUGAAGCCAAACAUUUGGAGAAUUAUUCAUGGACUAUUGUAAAUUUGAGUGGAAAAGCAAUUGACCCUCUUAUGCAAACUUUCUCUCAAACAUUGCAGAGCACUGCACGUGAUGUUGGUAUGAAUAUUGGACAGCCCCUUACUCCACUUAAAAGUUUUAGACUGAAUAAUUUAAAUGAUAUCACGAAGUACUUCAACCAGAAUAGCAAAUUAAAAUUAAUAGUAGUUAUCAUACCUGAUGGUACAGACAUAAUGUAUGGUAAAGUAAAGAAGAUUACCGAGAUGGAAGUAGGUGUUUUGACACAGUGUUUGAAGUUUAAAACCUUAAAAAAACUAGACUCACCCAGACCACAGUUUGCGACAGUAAAAAACAUACUACUAAAAAUUAAUUCCAAACUAAAUGGCAUCAAUCAUACAUUUACUAAAAUGCCAUUUUGUUUAAAUGAACCUUGUAUGCUUGUUGGUGCUGAUGUGACUCAUCCAUCUCCGGAUUCUAAAAAUAUACCAUCCGUAGCAGCGGUUGCAGCAAAUAAUGAUAAGUCAGCCUUCCGAUAUAAUGUUGCACUUAGACUUCAACAACCCAAAGAAGAAAUAAUUAGGGAUCUUAAGGCCAUAAUACAAUCACAACUUGCAUUUUAUGUACGUGAAACAAAUUGUGUCCCGAAGAGAAUCGUCUAUUAUCGAGACGGAGUCAGCGAGGGGCAACUUGCACAAGUUAUGUUUCAUGAAAUAGAAAAAAUUAAAGCGGCCAUUAAAGAGUUCACGCAUGAUGGUAGAAAGUAUAAAAUUGAAAUUACCUGUUUAGUCGUUCAGAAGAGACACCACAUACGUCUCUUCCCAGUUAAUCAAAGAGAUACAUAUGAUAGAAAUUAUAAUGUACAAGUGGGUACAAUUGUCGACACAACUAUUACUCAUCCCGACCAUAUUGAUUUUUAUCUUGUAUCACAUGCGAGUAUUCAGGGUACAGCGAGGCCUACAAAAUACAGAUGCAUUUACAAUGAAUCUAAGUUUACCGAAGAUCAGCUUGAGGAAUUGACUUUUUAUCUUUGCCAUAUAUAUGCCCGCUGUGCAAGAUCUGUAAGCUAUCCGGCACCAACUUAUUAUGCACAUUUGGGAGCUUACCGUGGAAGAGCCUUGCUACAAGGGGGCGUAAGUGUCAACUUGAACAAUUUGGGUCACGAACAGAGACAGUUUGUAAUAAAGAUGAAUGACAUAGGAUCACCUAUGUUUUUUGUUUAAACAAAUAUUCAUGAUUUCAAAGAUUCAUAUUUCGUUAUUUUUCUCUUUUGUCUGUGUAUUCUGAUUUAACUGUAUGAUGAUCGAAAAUAUGAAGCAACAAAAAAGGAAAAAAAUGAAAUAUUUAUAUUUUUCAUUUAAAGAGAUAUUCACGAUUUCAAAGAUUCAUAUUUUAUAAUUUUUCUUUUUUAUCUGUGCAUUAUGGCGAGGGUGGGUUUACUAAGGACUACCGCUCUCCGGAGAGAAGUGGCGACUAUUUAAAAGUAUAAGGCAACAAAAAGAAAAGUAAUUAAAUAUUUAUAAUAAACAAUCUACAGGUAUGGCCAACCUUUUUCGAUUCAAUAUUUUCAAAUUUUCU